GCUGUAACUCAUGCCAAAUGGUUACACGUUUCCCACGCUUCAAUGAUCCAAUAAAGCUUAUUGAAACAAGGAGGGGACGCUGUGGAGAAUGGGCCAAUUGCUUUACGUUCUACUGUCGUGUUUUUGGCUAUGAAUCUCGAUUU